ACCCUCCACGAGGGUGCCGACUGGUAAUGACACUCCAGAGGUUCUACUUUAGAGCCGGUGUCAGCUAAGAUGGGGUCCUCUGGCAUGCAGUAAAGCACCUUUUUAGUUUUAAUGCGUAUCAGAGAGCUCUAGUCAUGGUUAGAGGUAAAGGGCUGGACUAAGGUGUUAUGCGACCCGUGCCGAAAGUCAGCCUGGCUGGGGGCCCUUUUUAAAACUAGCCCAGUCUCGAACGGAGCGUCCGGAUACCUGGCGCCCUCCGGUCUGUUUUAGCCUUACCUGCAUAUAGCGGAUCUCUGUGCAGGCGGACCUACCAUUCUCCGCCACUCGUGGGACUAAAAUGACACAAAAUCUUACAAACAAAAAUGAUAACGAAAAGACUACCGAAAUAUUGACGGGGAUCCUGAAUCCCAUUCACUCAGCAAAGGCGAAGGCUUCAAAGUCUAGUCAAUGCACACCGCAGGCAGCAAAGGCAAAGGCUUCAAAGUCUUGUCAGUGCACACCGCAGGCAGCAAAGAUGGACAAUAGAGCUACCCAGACGCCUCCUGUCAUCUUGGAAAACCAACAGAGCACUACAUCUACUGUUGAUGCUGGGGCGAUAAGGAACGAGACUGCGGCAAAAAUAUGUACAUUUUGGGAGAAAAAGAGCGCAGAACAUAUCCUUCUUUGGCAGAACGCGUGCAGAACGGCCAACCAAUCAGCAGAGUGGCUGAAAAAAAUUAAAUGGGCCAGAGGUGUACUCCCAAACUUCGCCGUGAAGCCACCAAAUACGCAGAGACAACCAAAGAGGAAGCGUUCCAGUGAAGCGUUCGGGCGCUUCGCAAAAAAAUCGCGCAUCCAGCCACCAAUCGCACAGAUUACCACGGAGAUGAUCCUAAUCGGAGUUCUAGACUACGGCAGUCGGGAACAGAGAGUUCCCAUGCAUCAAUGGAAGUGGGUGGAAGCGGCGUUGGCCAUCCGCUGUAUCGAGCUGCUGAAGACGGACCCGGGCCCACCGCCUGUCUGCAAUGCCGUAGGGUGGUAUUGGGGGUCCGUAAAAGUUAUAGCCUGCGAAGAUAGGAGAUCAGCAGAGCUAUAUAAAACAGCGAUCGAAAAUAUCGGAGAAAUCUACCCUGGCGCCAAUUUGGUUGCGGUCGAUUGGAUCAAGGUUCCAGUCAAACCCUGCCCCCGGUUAUGGUCGCCUUCGUCUAUGAUGGAGCCAGAGCGCAUCUUGAAAAUGCGAUGCAACCCAAUUCUACACACUAAAGACUGGAAAGUUAUAAAUGUGGAAGAGGUGCAUGGUGCCACCAACCAGGUGAUCAUCCUGAAUAAGGAAUCACUCGCCCCGAUCGUUGCCGCUUGUAGUGCGCUUAAUUUAGGAGUUAGUUCGGUGACCAUCAAAGUUUAUAAAUGUGAUGCAACGGCGGAGGCAGAAACAGAUAACACGCUCAUUGCUCUGGAUCUCACCUCGAAGCGAGAGGUACCCGACGGAUCAACGCUGGAUAGCUACAUGCUUGACAACAUCGCGCAGGACAUAAAGCCACUUUGUCGCUUGGUGAACCCAGGCUACCUAUUAGAGGAUGUAUCUGAUGACGACAAACCGGACAGGACUGUGAUGGAGGGAGCUGUCUGCACGGCUACUGCAGAUAAGCUUCCACAACUAUAAAGAAUCUUCCGCUCCUCUUCUGCAUCCCCUGGCGGAAGGUGGAGCUGACGUAGUCUUAAGGGAAGAAGAUCACAAGCUCUUGUUGUUCACUAAAUCAAAAGCGAAGCCUGGAGCUCUGAUUAGGCUACUGCCAGCUUGCAUGACCCACGACACCAGGGAACUUCUAUCUGAGGACAUCAUGCGAAGCCUAGUCAAGAACUGCAAGACGCUUCAAAAUGGCCUUGUUAUUAGUUGCGACGCAAACGUUCACCAAACCCAGUGGGGGAGCACCAAUACUAGAG